UCGUUUGGCCCAGAACCAGACCGUCUUCUGCACCGCGCCGCUUCGCCCCGACAAGACGAAGGCCGCUUUACAACACCCUCUCACCGAGUCGUUGAUUUGCUAGCGGUGGAAUCCCAACGCCAAGCCUUGCUCUCUCUUCUUUGUUUCCCCGGGAAGAUAUGCCACAAGAGCUUCCGGGGUUCUACUUCGAUGCGGAGAAGAACAGGUACUUCCCCAUCAAAGGCCCCAUUCCUGGCUCCAAAUCAAAACCCUCCAGCUCCGGCGCCAGCUCCAUCUCCAGCUCCACCCCCACUCAGUGUCGACCCGUCUUGAGCCGAACAUCCGUUCUUCUCGAGACGAGGGAGUUGAAUGGCAAUCCUUUAUGGUUGAAGCAUGCCAAGUGUAAAUUCCAGGACGAGUUCCUCAAGAUUCACGCUUCCCGUCCUCAGGUGUGGGCAUUUCACAAGACAGAUAAGAUGGCUGAUGGUGCUUUGGAACAGAUGCGUCUCCGUAUAACAACACCAGAGGGUCAAACUGCAAUGGUUGGCCUGCUGGCUGGGGGCAGAAAUGGCUCUUUGAGUUUUUGUGAAGUUGGAAAAGUUGGCCAACAUUUUGAUUAUGGGGUAAAAUGCAUGCCAGAACAUGUGUGGCCUCUCAAAAGAGAACAUGAGGAGUGCAAAGUACCUGUUCAUCUUUGGAGGUCUCCAACAGUGCAAUUUUCUUCAGAUGUCUCCUGCAUUAAAAUGCCAGGAAAGCGAUCCAUUACAGUUGAUGGCGAUCCAAUUCAACAUGCACUGUAUCCUUUACUCGUUUGGAUGUGCUGUAUUCUUUGGUCACAAUUACAUGAUAUUUCGCCUCUUGCCCACCUCAAGCUAUAUAAUCAUUACAUACUUUUUUCUUUGCUUCACUUUCACUCUGGUGUUUGGCACCUCUCCAGAAUGAUAACUACUUUAGGUUCAGAGAGGUCUGGUGGUUCUGUUCAUACUCUUAAUCUAGCUGAACCUUUUGAUUUUCCUCUACGUACAUCAAUUAUAAGGCAGAGGCUGCAUGAUGUUGCUUCUUUGCAUUGUACCAUAUGGACAGCAGAUUGCUCUUUUAAUGGCAGUCAAGCAAUUGUUGGCACAAAUUUGGGAGCUGCUUUGGUCAAUUUGGAAAAUGGGGUGGUGUCUUGGGUGUGUCGUGGGAAAAGUGAUGUUCUCGCACUGCAAUUUGACCAAUCGGGAAAUCUCGCAUUGUGUGGAUUCAGAAAUGGGGCUAUUGUUACAGUUGAUGUCCGAGAAAACCAAGGGGUGUCUUCUUCUAGGCUGAUUAGUCAUCAGAUACCUUCUUCUCCUUCAGAAAGACUUCGUGGGCAUUCUCAAAAGCAGUGGUUUAAGCUCUCUGGAAAAAUAUAUCCAACCGAUACAACUUAUAUGCCUAAGUCUAUUUGCAGUUUGGUGUCACUCCGGUUGUACGACCAAUACUUCUUGGCGAGUUCUAUGGAUGGCUCGAUCAAUCUGUAUGAUCAUCGCCAAAUUAAAAAAGGGCCUGUGCAGUCCUAUGAAGGGCAUGUGAAUUCCCAUACGCGUACACAGCUUGGGACGGACCCAUCAGAGAAAUUUCUGUUGUCAGGUGGAGAGGACUGCUAUAUGCGGCUCUGGAAGAUCAAGUCUGGGAAACUUCUGUUUGAGGAUAAAUUUUCAACUUCUGUCCCCUUAGUUACAUGCUGCCAGUCAACUGAAAGAUAUCCAAUCGAGGUGGAUGGCAGACAAAACUAUAUGGGAUACUCACAUGGGCAGCAUGAGAGCUGGGGGUCGUGGCUUGGGUCACGGGAUGGGUUAUACUACGCGCAAUGGUACUGAUUCAUGAUUCUGGUAUAUGACUCGAGUAAUGAUCCAUGCAUCUGGAAAAUGAAUGCUGAAGGUGGAUGCUCAAGCCUUGCUGGCACAUCCAAACAUCGUUCCAAUUUGACUUAUUAUACUCACGGGAUGUGAUGACCACUUCCGAGUGUCUUGAGGAACAACUUAUCUCUCUGGAGGAUACAAACUGAAGUUCAUCCACGAGACCUCUUUCCCCUCC